GUGGGGGGGUGGGGGCUCUUGCACAUCAGCUGUUGUCGGACUGUGAUUGUAUGAUGUUUGCGCUGCAGUGAAACAGUCGGCCAGUGCGUCCAAGCUUCAGCCGGGCAUCAUGAACCCUGGGAGCCGGAGUCUGAAGUUUGUUAUUUUGACAGCACUUCAGGCUUUAUCUGUCUCUAUAUCCGUCUGUGACAAUGUGCUCUCCACAUCUGCUGAAGGGAAUCUUUUGAGCACAACUGUUCAACACAGACCGAGAGCAAAGCAGAAACACUAUGGGACUACAGUACCUCUUCAGCUCGUCGGACAAGACUGGAAACCAAUCAGCCAGCUCAAAUUCCAGAGUCACCCUGCAUCACUGAAGCUCCUGAUUGAAGCGGAAGGUGAGCAGCUGCUCUUGGCUCUGGAGAAAAAUGAGGGGCUGUUUGCAAGUAACUAUACAGAAACCCAUUACCUGGAAGACGGCAGUGCAGUCACAGGCUCUCACAACUUCACGGCAAACUGCUACUACCACGGUGAGGUGGAGGGUCAUGCCAACUCAGACGUCAGCCUCAGUACCUGUGCUGGGAUUAAGGGUUUAAUAUCUCUUGAAGGCAGAUCCUAUGUACUGGAACCAUCUGCUGAUCACACCGGCGGGACUCACUGGAUCUACACAACUGAACACCUCAGUCUUGCUUCUGGCACUUGUGGCCAUGAUUUCAACAUAUCCUUCCCCACUGAACAAGCAGACGGCGGCCCAUUCAGGGCUUUCAGCACAAGGCAUAAACGCCACAUCCAGACUACAACCAAGUACGUGGAGCUGAUCAUCGUGGCUGACAACAGAGAGUUUCAGAAGCAAGGGAAGGACAUGGAGAAGGUCAAGCAGCGGCUGGCUGAGAUCGCCAAUUACGUGGACAAGUUCUACAGGGCUCUGAAUAUUCGUGUGGCUCUGGUGGGCCUGGAGGUGUGGAGCGAUAUAGACAAGUGCCCCAUCACCCAGGACCCUUUCACCACCUUGCAUGAGUUCCUAGACUGGAGGAAGGUCAAGCUGCUGCCUCAGAAGCCUCAUGACAAUGCUCAGCUUAUCAGUGGGGUGUAUUUCCAGGGCACCACCAUUGGCAUGGCACCCAUCAUGAGUAUGUGCACAGCAGAGCAGUCAGGAGGAAUCGUCAUGGACCAUUCUGACAACCCCCUGGGUGCCGCAGUCACUCUGGCCCACGAGCUCGGACACAACUUUGGAAUGAACCAUGACACACCCGAAAGGGGGUGUGGCUGCAGGGUGACAGUGGAUCGAGGAGGCUGCAUCAUGACUCCCUCCACUGGGUAUCCGUUUCCCACAGUGUUUAGCAGCUGCAGCAAGAAGGAUCUGACUGCCAGCUUUGAAAAAGGUGUGGGGAUGUGUCUGUUCAACAUGCCUGAGGUCAAAGUGCUCUAUGGUGGGCAGAAAUGUGGCAACGGCUAUGUGGAGGAGGGAGAGGAGUGUGACUGUGGAGAACUGGAGGAGUGUAUGAAUCCCUGCUGCAAUGCUACUACCUGCACUCUGAAGGGGGAUGCUGUCUGUGCCCACGGACAAUGCUGCCAGGACUGUCAGCUGAAGCCAGCAGGCACUCCAUGCCGUGAAUCCAGUAACUCUUGUGAUCUGCCCGAGUUCUGCACUGGUACAAGUCCUCACUGCCCCUCCAAUGUCUACCUGCAUGACGGCCACGCCUGCCACAACGUGGACGGCUACUGUUAUAACGGCAUCUGCCAAACUCACGAGCAGCAGUGUAUCACACUGUGGGGCCAAGGAGCCAAGCCAGCCCCGGGCAUCUGCUUUGAAAGGGUCAACUCGGCAGGAGACCCCUAUGGCAACUGUGGCAAGGACUCUAAAGGCUCCUUUGCCAAAUGUGAAGCACGAGACGCUAAAUGUGGCAAAAUCCAGUGUCAAGGAGGAGCUAACCGCCCAGUAAUUGGCACCAAUGCUGUUUCCAUAGAAACAAACAUCCCCCUGCAGGAAGGGGGAAGGAUACUGUGCCGCGGUACACAUGUCUACUUGGGUGAUGACAUGCCCGACCCCGGCCUGGUCCUGACAGGGACCAAGUGUGGAAAUGACAUGAUGUGUCUGAAUCGUCAGUGUCAGAACGUCAGUGUUUUCGGUGUGCACGAGUGCUCAGCCAAGUGCAGCGGUCGAGGGGUAUGCAACAAUAACAAGAACUGUCAUUGCGAGGCUCACUGGGCUCCUCCGUUCUGUGACAAGGCAGGUUUUGGAGGGAGUGUGGACAGUGGCCCCAUCAGGUUAUCAGACAGUGGGAGCCUGACAGUUGGCAUCCUGGUGGCUCUCCUCACUGUCCUGGGAGCUGGUUUGAUCAUCUGCAUCAAGAGAAAAACUCUACUGGGCCUGCUGUUGACGAGUAAAAAGAAUCCAAUUGAGAAGCUCAGAUCAGUAAGCGCUGCAAUCAGCGGACCAUCCACUCCUAACCAGCCUCAGUCAGUCAGCACAGCAUCUCCAUCUCGGCCGGCCCCACCUCUACCACACAGCGCCACCAUCUUCAAGCCUCCUAACCGGGGGCCAGAGGCGGUGCUCCCACCGGCCCCCUACCCCUCCCACAGCCUGCGCAGACUGCCCCAGUGCCCUCCAGUUCACCUCAGCCACCCUGUCCCUCUGUCUCUCACCCUGUCCCUCUCCUCUGGCCCUGGGCAACCGAGACCCCCGGUGCCUCCUCCUCACCGAGCCCCUCCACCUCACAUCCACGUUGCACCCAGGGGCGCUUCGUUUCGCAGUGCGUCACGCCAUAAUUCCUGCAGGAUGGUCAUGGAGUUGGAGAAGCCCAGUCCUCCUCAGAAGCCCCUUCCUGCUGAUCCAAGGAGCUCUCGUCUGGGGCGAAGUCCCUCUGUAGUGCGGGGCCACACUGUAAUCCAAGGGUCGUCUGUUGUUUGUGGCCCUGCACCAAUACCUGGUGUACCCAGACCUGCGCGCCCUGUCCGACACCCGGAUAGACCCAGUCCCAAGCAACCUCCAACACUACCAAAGCCUUGCAUAAUUGCCAACGUCAAGUACAGCAGCUGAGACUUUGGCCGCAAGGGACAUUGUUGUGAUAAGACACUAAAAAUUUGCACUAUGAAAACUCUGAAAACCUUAAAAAGAUGGUGGCUUCUCUGAGUUUUUGAAUCAGGAGAUCUGCCGUGUCCCUUUGGUGCUCUGUCUCUGAAUGGUGCUACGAGUCUGAGCUCAGGUACAUGUAAAGUAUUUAUAUUCUGUAUUUAUUGCCACGCAGUGCACUGUGCCAGACACUUUUUCUACACGGUAGCAACUUAGAAUUUUUAAUUAGUUGUUGUCAUCAAUUCCACAAUUUGUUUUUUGUCAUAUCAGCUGAUUUUUGUCAAGGAGAGUGACAGGAGUUUUUUUUUUUUUUUAAGCCAAUCUGUGAAAUUGUGAUUUGCAAAAAUGUUGAAAUGAAAUGAAUUGUGUUUUAAUGAAGGGAACCCUUUACAUUAUGAUUCUGUUCUGUAUACUAUAGGAGGAGAUGAAAAAGAGUACUGUGCAAUGACAAAUGAGAACAGAUAAAACCUCCGGGAACACUUGUAGUUUUUUUUUUAAAGGGUAAUGCUCACUGUAGCAGCUUUGAGCCUGUCUGACAAGGCAGAAAAAGAACACAAACAGUCUGCCAUGAUAUUACUGCAAUGAUGAUUACACAACUGAAGCAUUGUCUGGAUAUUUGGGGAAGAGGGUCUGGUCUUUCACAGACAACUGAAAUGCGGGUCUGUUUCUUCUUCAUUUAUAUUUUGGAAAGGCAACUGGUUAAAUUGUGAAAUGUCACUGAUUUGCCAUUUCCUUUUCAUUAACAAGACCCAAGAAACUCACUGGAGGGAUCCAACCAAGUACUAAGGUAUGAACUCAACAUAGAUCUAAAAUGAGCCGAGAUCAAGGAAGCAUUCAUCCCUCAGAGAGAAUAAACUCUGAAAGAUUGCUCUGCUAAAGGUCAUGUGUGUUUCUGAGUAUUUCCCUCUAUGCCUUUCUGCACCAAGGACUCUGUGUGAAACUCUGUUAUUAAAUCAUGGCAUCACUAAGGACAUUCUUACCAGCAGUGGCUGUAAAGGCUUCAUGGAGGCACUGUGUGGUUUCUGGAUCAACAAGCAUGUUUUUCUGAGAGGGGAAAGUACAUAUUUCCUUUUCAAGGACACAUUUCUAGAUUUCUUUCUGCCACUGAAAUGUAGUCUAGUGGUUACUCAGUGCUGAGCUACCAAUCAUGCAAAACAGUGUAGUUAUGUGCAGCAGUUAUUCAUUUUCUAUUUUUUGUACCUUUUUACUUUGGCUAUUGAGAUUAGUAUUUUAAAACCAAUCUACAAAAUCCUACAUAAAUCAGAUGUGGUAAUUGAAUGGUGUUUUAUUAUUUUUGCAGAUGUUUUACUGGAUUGCAAUGCAGCAUAUGUACAUUCACACUGAGCAACAUUUCCUUUAGCUCUCGUUCACAAAUAUGUAGGCUUCAAACUGACAUGUACUGAACUUUGGACUUUUGUUACUUUUGAUACCGUUCUAUUUUUAAUAAUGCACUAGUUUUACAUUCAAUUGCUUUGUUUCCUUUGCUUUUUCAACGCUGUAUGUCCAUGUACUAAUAGACAGUAUUUGUGUUUGGCCGCCUGACUGUACGUUAUGUCCAUAUGUUCCUUGUAUGUUGUGUUACAGGUGAACACAUCUUCAUGGAGAAUGCUUUUUUAUGAUGAAUGUUUGAUACGUCAUAUGUAAAGUAAACACUUAAAGUGUCA